CCUCAUUUGACAAGCUCCGGUGAAACCGAGCGCUACACAGAAGCGAGCCGUGUAACAGGCUUCGGAUCCUCGGUAUCAUCCGCCCCUCUCUCUCUGUCUCUCUCGCUCGCUCUCUCUCUCUUUCUCUCGCGCUUCCCAACACUGGCGAAAGGCAGACCAGACCCUGUGACCUCGCGACUGUUUGUCUGUUCAAGAUGGCCGCUUGAGUGGGGAAUUUACACACAUCUCCAAUAAAACCAACUAAUCCAACAGCUAGCUUAGCGUGCUAACCCAACUUUCACUGCCUUUUAUCCGAGAAUGAGACGACGGCACGGGCGACGUUUGCUCCGAUUUUAAAACGGAAUAUGAGCUCAGUUGUUGAGGAGGACGUCGGAGUUAUGGAUUAAAACGAGUGCUGGAAUUGUAGGGGGUUACGGGCCCUUGGUUUCAGCCCAGCAUGGACAGCUUCUUCAAGGCAGCUGUAUGUGAUCUGGACAAACUGCUCGAUGACUUUGAACUCAACACCGAGGAACUUGAGUGCAAAUCUGUUUUCCUGAAGCCUCCUGUGUACCCCUUCUCCUCACUGGGCUCCCAGUGUUUGUCCUCCCAGGCGUCCACUGUCCCACCAAACCUCCCUGACCUUAACUCGCUUCAUUAUGGUUCUGCCACCAGCUGUCCCGACCGCUCCAGCAGUCAAAGCCGCGGCGCAGACGACCGAGAGGUCAAAGGUCAACCUCUCACGGGGGUGGACCUCCUCUCCUCUGUGGAUCGCAGGCCGGCUCAGAGCUCCGCCCCUCCCUGCCCCGACCGAACUCUGAAGCCGGUGUGCGACCUCGUGAACGACACGAGCUCGGCCAUCCUGGUCAGAGCCAACAGCCACGAUGCGUUCAGCGAGAUGGACAUGGUGGAGAAGCAAAUGGAGGAGGAAGUGGAGAAAGAGGAGGAGGAGGAGGAGGAGUUGCUGCUCGUGGACUUUGACAGCCCUGUGAUCGCCGUACGCGGAGAUGAGCUAGGACGGCCAAGCCAAAGCUCCGGUUGCGGAGCCGCCAAGGACGACCAGGCCUCUGCAGGGACAGACGAGCUGCUGGGUUUAGACUCCCAUGAAUACUCUGCAUCGCUCAGUCUGCUGGACGUCAUUCUUUCCGCUGCGGUGGAGAGGAGCUGCGAGUCCGCGGACGAUUCGCUGCCCCCAAGCACCGUUGAGUUGGUGGAGAAAGAGGAGCGGGACGGUGAGGAGGCGGUUUGCACAAACCAGGUGCUAGGUAACUCUUUAGACCACUGUGAAGGGGCCGCUCUGCCAGCAGAUAGCAUUAAAGAAACAACAACAUCAACCUCAGAGAAUAAAGAGGACGGGCUGCAAGACGCCUCUGAUCAACGCGAGGAAGAGUCUCCCGUUGGUUUAAAGUCGGCGGCUUCAGAGAGCGAAGCAGUGGGCUUAUCCUGCCUGCCGCUAGCUGUGUCCAUGUGUGGAGCUCUGGUGAACACGGAGAUGAUGGAGGAGGAGUCGGGGCGAGCCACAGAGCAGUGCGAUGAGGCAGUAGAUGUCUCUGAGAGCACAGAGGCAGACCUGUCCCUGUCAGCUGCAGAAGCCAGGGAGGACAGGUCCUGUUUAGAGGAACGCGUUACAGACAGCAGGGUGUCAUCGGAGGGGCAGCGUCUCACUCUUGAACCUGCUGCCCCCCCCCUCGCCCUUUCUUCUGCAGACCUCGCCUCCUGCGAACGCCCGGAGCCCAGCCCAGUCGAUCCACCCGAGUUUGGCUUUGAAUAUCUGCCUGAGAGCGACCAGGCCGAGCUGCUGGUCACGGACGAGGAGUUGGACGCGUUCCUGCAGGCGCACACGGAAGCAGAGCAAGGUAGAGGUGUCUCGUAUUGCAGCAGCUCCCGGGAUUUCACUCAGCCGGAGAGUCUCUCGGAGUCUCUCGGGGAUCUGGAGGGCAGGCUUGUGGGAGAAGAGCUGCGGAGCUGUGGUCGAGGUAGACAAGAGGAUCUAGAGGGUCUGGCUUCUCCAGAAAGCGACAGAACAAUGUGUGUGUCCGUAGAAGGACGUUUUAACCCUGGUGCGCCGUCACAGGACUCUUGCAGACCUCCUUGCCAAGAAGAGUCAGAACUCUCCGCUGCGGAAAGACAUUCUUUGACCAGCAACACUUUCCAGUCCCAGCACAACAUUAGCCCCGAUCAGCCGCCCUCCUAUGGAGGCGCAAGACCUAAACAGCUACACUGCCACAUUGCUAGAUCUCCGCCAGCAGGGGACGAAGGAGAGGAGCAGGCUCAGACGCUCGGUACGGCGGAGAAUGAAGAAGAAGGUUCACCCACAAGUCUUACAGAGGAGCAUUGCAACAUUAGGGAUUUGAGCCCUAUGUGCGCCUCUCAGGAGCAUCAGGAUUACAGCCCAGGGUAUGAUGAACUCUCAGAGCCCCCACCUUACCCCGGGGACUCACCCACAGAUGGUGCCCGGCCUGUGAACUGGAAGAGAGAGGGAGCGGAGGAGCUGGGGAGCAGACAGCCUGCCUGGGUACCAGACUCUGAAGCUCCCAACUGUAUGAACUGCUACCAGAGGUUCACUUUCACCAAGAGGCGGCAUCACUGUCGAGCCUGCGGGAAGGUGUACUGUGCUGUGUGCUGCAACAGGAAGUGUAAGCUGAAAUACCUGGAGAAAGAGGCCCGUGUGUGUGUCGUCUGCUUUGAUACCAUACACAGAGCCCAGGCCCUGGAGCGGAUGAUGAGUCCUGCUGGUCCCAGUCCGAACCCCAACGUCCCGUCUGAGUACUGCAGCACCAUCCCCCCCCUGCAGCAGGCUCGAGCCGCCGGCACGCUCAACUCCCCUCCGCCGACCGUCAUGGUGCCUGUGUCCGUUCUCAAACACCCAAACAACGACAGUUGUCCUCGGGAACAUAAGCGCGUGUGGUUCGCUGACGGCAUCUUGCCCAACGGAGAAGUCGCAGACACCACCAAGCUGUCGGUGACGAGCCGCCGGAGCUCCCAGGAGUUCAGUGCCGUCUCUCCGGACCAAACGACACCUGGGUCAGAGGUCGGAGUCGGUGGCUCCUCGGCCCCGGAAGCUUCUGUUGCUGCGGAGGUGGUCCGACCUCCGGUGUCCGGACCCUGGGACUAUGCCCUGCUCUCUGGAAUCGGUACUUCAGUGAAGAGGGUUCCCAGCCUGCUGCCAGAUAACGAUGAUGAGCUCCCUCCUCUGCUUAUCACCACUGGAGAGGAGGAAGCGGGAGAUGUUCUGGUGGAGGAGAGCCCGGCCCCGUGCCAGAUUCUGCACUUAUUAGAGGAAGGUGGACCUCGACCGCUGACAUUUGUUCUCAACGCCAACCUGCUGGUCAAUGUCAAACUAGUUUCCUACUCCUCUCGGCAGUGUUGGUGUUUUGGCUCAAACGGGCUGCAGGCUCUGGGACAAAGAGAGCUGGUGUUUUUGUUGGAGUGUUUACCAGAAGAAAAAACUCUUCCAAAAGACCUCUUCACACUCUAUCUCAACAUUUACCAAGAAGCCCAAAAAGGGAAGUUUGUGGAGGAGCUGGAUAAUGUGACAUUCACAAGCAGUUUCUUGGGCAGUAAGGACCACGCUGGGAUGCUCUUCUUCUCUCCAACCUGUCAGCCUCUAGAUGGCCUCACGCUCCCACCUCAGCCUUUCAUGUUUGGAUUACUCGUCCAGAAGCUGGAGGUGCCCUGGGCCAAAGUCUUUCCACUCCGACUGCUCCUACGGCUUGGCGCCGAAUACAAUGUUUAUCCCACUACGCUGACAAGUGUCCGUUUUCGGGACUCUGUGUAUCGAGAGACGGGACACACCAUAAUGAAUCUGCUGGCUGACCUGAGGAACUACCAGUACAGUCUGUCAGUUGUGGAGGGUUUGAGGAUCCACAUGGAGAUGGGUCACAGCUACAUCGACAUCCCUAAAUGUAGCUUCAAUGAGAUGCAGAAGGUGGUGAACGCGUCCAACGAGCACGUCAUCAGCAUCGGAGCCCGUUUCAGCUCGGAGGCCGACUCUCACCUGGUGUGUUUCCAGAACGAGGAGGGAAGCUAUCAGACGCAGGCCAACAGCAAGCCUGGGGAGACCCGCACAGGUGAGAGCCACCGUUUUCUCCCUUUAAUGAUCCUCUGCAGCAGAGCCAGCGGGGUCGAUGGCAGACCUCUGGACGGAGUCCGCAGUGUGAGGAUGCAGCAGGACACGGAGUUUGAGUCGGACGGACGCACCAUCAGAUGCACAGAGGUCUUCUUCCAGCCCCGGGCCCCGGACUGCAGCGUGGUGCCGGUGCUGUCGUCCUGCAGCGGGUUCCAGAAGGAGAUGGCUCUGGCCGCCUGCAGCGCUCUGACGCCGCACCUCGCUGUCCUCGCGUCCAGCGGCAUCAACUCGCUCUCGCUUCGCAUCUCUACACAGGCUGACAUGGUGGAGUACCAGGCCGGCUCCGGAGGCAGGCUCCUCCCCCAGCGCUACAUGAACGAGCUGGACGGCGCUCUGAUCCCCGUCAUCCAUGGAGGUAGCGCGAGUGUACCACAGACAGCCAUGGACAUGGAGUUCAUCUUCUACAUCACACACACCAUCUAACGCACAUGCACACACACAUAAUGGUGGUUGACCACAUUGAGAGAAAAGCGGUUGAUCGUGGCGGGACAUGCUGAUGCAACGGCUCGUUUUUUGGGGGGGUUUUUUGUGGCACGUGAGGACACGCAGCCGCCGGCACUACGUUCCCACUCUGAGGUUGAGGAUGUGUUUCUCUGGAGGGAUGCAAACCGAAGCGUUGUGCGUUUGUGUGUUUUCGUGCUCACCAAAGCUGCUUUAACACAAGAAGCCAAACACUAACCAAGGAUUACCACGGCGACGUGACCAAAUACAACCAAACUAUUCAAACCAUUUUUUUCUUCUUCUGCUCUGCCUUCCAAGGCUCCCCGCUGGCCCCCCCCCCCCCCACCCCGUCAGCUCGGAGCACCUCAGUGAAUGUUUCCCACGGACGCUUCUAGCGAAAUGUCUCUCAUUUGGAUGUAUUUAUUAUAUUUUAAUACGGGCUUAUUGAAUGAAAUGAUCAUAUUAAAGCAAGGGACAUUACUGA